GUAGUGGUGGUUGUAAGUUACGGGGACCCAAGUCUGAAGCGGAAGCGUUGAAUGUUGUCCUUCCUUCUGCUCGACCGACUCUCACGAUGAGGAUCGGUCACAGUCUGUCAGCCUUUGAUCAGAUCACAGCAACGGUUCCUCUCCCACUUCCCGAAUGAAGAUUAACAGGCAUGCCCAAAGAAAAAUAUGAUCCUCCAGACCCACGCAGAUUAUACACCAUCAUGUCUGCUGAGGAGGCGGCCAGUGGAAAGAAAUCACACUGGACCGAGUUGGAGAUUUCUGGGCGGGUCAGAAGCCUGAGCACCUCAUUAUGGACACUGACCCAUUUGACUGCCCUUCACAUCAACAACAACAACCUUAGCCGGAUUCCUCCUGAAAUCGCAAAGCUUCCCAAUCUUGUGUACCUUAACCUAUCCUCCAACAAACUACGCAGCCUGCCAGCAGAACUCGGCAAUAUGGUGACUCUCAGGGAAUUGCUUUUGAACAACAAUUGUUUACGAGUUUUACCUUAUGAACUUGGUCGGCUGUUCCAGUUGCAAAUCCUUGGACUCAAAGGUAAUCCACUGUCCCAAGAUAUACUCAACCUUUAUCAGGAGUCUGAUGGAACAAGAAAGUUAUUAAAUUACAUGCUUGACAAUCUUGCAGUACACCCAGAACAGCUACCCCAAAGGCCUUGGAUCACUUUAAAGGAGCGAGACCAAAUGAUGUCCACAGCUGUCUUCACAGUUAUGUGCUACAAUGUACUAUGUGACAAGUAUGCAACAAGGCAGCUGUACGGCUACUGUCCCUCCUGGGCUCUUAACUGGGAGUACAGGAAGAAGGGUAUCAUGGAAGAGAUCACAAACUGCGAUGCUGACAUCAUCAGCCUACAGGAAGUGGAAACACAACAGUACUACGCUUUCUUUUUGGAAACAUUAAAGGAACGUGGAUAUGAUGGAUUUUUCUGCCCAAAGUCUCGUGCCAAACUCGUGUCCGAACAGGAGCGGAAACAUGUAGACGGCUGUGCUGUAUUCUUUAAGACCGAGAAAUUUGCUCUGGUGCAGAAACACACGGUGGAGUUCAAUCAAGUUGCCAUGGCAAAUUCAGAGGGCUCAGAGGUUAUGCUUAAUAGAGUCAUGACCAAAGACAACAUCGGAGUAGCUGUCUUGUUGGAGGUGAAAAAAGACCUGUUUGCUAGUGGUUUAAAGGAGUGUCCAGAGAAGCAACAUCUGUUGGUAGCCAACGCCCAUAUGCACUGGGAUCCAGAAUACUCAGACGUGAAGCUCAUCCAGACCAUGAUGUUCCUCUCUGAGCUGAAGAGCAUCGCUGAGAGAGCCUCAAGCUCCAUCAACUCUGCCUCACCCACUUCAGACGCAAGCUCCAUACCCAUCGUCCUGUGUGCUGACCUCAACUCCCUCCCAGACUCUGGUGUGGUGGAGUAUCUGAGCAGUGGUGGAGUUGCAGAAAACCACAAAGACUUUAAGGAACUGCGCUACAGUGACUGUUUGAACAACUUCAGUUGUAACGGCAAACCUGACGGCAGCGUCACGCACAGUUUUCAGCUGAAGAGCGCUUACGAAGGGAAUCUCAUGCCCUACACAAACUACACCUAUGACUUCAAGGGUGUGAUUGAUUACAUCUUUUUCUCUAAGACACACAUGAGUGUCCUGGGAGUUUUGGGUCCGCUGGAGACUCAGUGGCUGAGGGACAACAACAUAACCGGCUGCCCUCACCCUCACAUCCCCUCCGAUCAUUUCUCUCUCCUGGCUCAGCUGGAAUAUCACCCACCUUUGCCCACCCUCAACGGGCUGCAUCUGUCCGUUCACAGGUAGUGCAGCCCUUAGCCCGCAACCAAGGACAAACCCCUAAAAAUCUAGCGAAGGAGUGAAGUAUUCAUUCACAUGUUCCUUUUUUAAACUUUGCACAGGAUUGUAUGAUCUUAUUGUUACGUUUUCCAACAAAAGCUUAAUACCAAAUUAGGGUUGGGAUUCUCCUAUUGGUAUCUGUGAUACAUGAUGCUUUCAAAAAGAAUGAUCCGUUUGUCUGAAUAUGAAUGGAAUUGUAUAAUAUGUCAGUAUAUCAAUGAUCAAAGAAGUAUGCAACAAAGACACAUGUAGCAAAAUAACAUCCACUAGAGUAUUGCAAAAAAGACUUUCAGGUUCUGUUUUGCUCAGCAUCUUUUAAAAUUCCCCUCAACUGCUCGUAAAUUCGACAGAGAAACCUUAAUGAAGACAUUCAAUCUAUUUUUAAUGGAACUUUUUUUAAUAGUGCAAUGUAAAGUAUUAUGCAAAAGUUGUCUUUGUUAAGUCUAGAAUUUACACUAUUAAAGAGGAUCCCAGCCCUACUGAGUAAAACC